AUGGAAGAUGAAAAGAAUCACACAGGUCCUCUUAUGAUUGCGCUGCAGUAUAAUGACCUGUUUGACUUGGACUCGAUCUCAGCAAUGACUGCGUCCACAAACACAGAUGAUGCAGUACCCAAAGACAGAGCAGUCACUUUUAUUAAGGCUGUGCAAAUAGUGAAUGAGAGACUUGUGGAACAGAACAAGACCGAAUCUUUGCUUUUUGAAGUGAUCCUCAUUGCAAAGGAGUGUUCUGAAGAAAUCAAAAUGAAUAUCGUUGAGAGUGUAAAGUAUUAUGGUCUAGAAAUAGUCAAAAUUUUCUUUUGCAAAAAGGAAGAACUCAUAAAUACUCUUCAGUUAAACAACGUUAAGCUGUUCCUCUCUACUGACAAGGAUGAUGUCUAUGAAGUUCUGCAUAUAGGAAUUCCAGCUGCUGUGCUGUACGAACAGUCUGAUGAUCACGUUCUCAAUCAGCUCAAGGUCAUUUUCUCAGGUGAUGUUAUCGGUUUCUCUGAGGAUUCACUUGAUAGUCUUUCAGAUUUUGGAUUCAGUGAAACCCAAAUAGAGACCUUCAAAGAAGCAAAGAUCUGCAUGAAGGAGUUUGCCGUUCUGAUCGGUCAGAUGAGGAGGAAGUUUGGGCAAGAGAACAGCCCUCUCUGCAUUUGUGUUUUAACAGCAUGGGGCUCUACAAACGUCUGUGCGUCUGCCCUGAAAACUCUUCGGGAAUGGGGUCUGGAUGUGGAUGAGGCAUUUUGUCUGGCUGGAGCUCCCUGCAGCCCCAUACUGGCUGUAGUUAAACCCCACAUACUCUGGGAUGGUGGCCUUCACAACAUGAGGGACUUGUCCGCCCAUUCAUGAGAGUUAGUAGCAUUAAGCUGGACACACAAGUGUGGCUUACCUUUCAUUUUAAUCAGGUGCCAAUUCUGUUCUUUUGCUGUUACACUUGACUUUGUAUGUAUUAUUCACAAGGGUUAUGUUGUAAAAUAAGAAUCAUUCAUAUGGGGUGAUUUGGGUUUAAUAGUGAUUCACAGUACUACAUAUAGACUUUCUAGGGGUUUAUAUGAAGCUUUUCUAUGUUUACAAAAAUGAUAGUACAUGCUGACUGUAGGAAUCAAUUAAAAACAAGUUUAAAUACCCCCCAAAAUCUACUGAAAUUAAAUGGAGCCAUAUGUACAAGACGCAAUAUGAGCAAAGUCUGAGCACAAAACAUAAUAUAUUUUAUAUAUACACUGAAAAUACUGAAAUUUAAUUCACAGAGUCAACGUGCUUGCACCAUCAUUAAAGUUGAUACAAACAUGGAUUGGGCUGAAUUUCAGUAAGGCACUACUUUCAGUUAAAUAGCUGUGAUUUCAUAUAUUGAAACAAACAAAUGAUAUAAUACAUAUAAUAACAUCAAAGGUAUAGUU